GCCGGCCGCCUGUCAGAGGGAGGUGACGAUGGAGCGCCCGGUGGUGGCAGCGGCGGCGACGGCUUCCUUGGUCGGACGGCAGGGAGAAGAUGACUGACCGACCGACUAGAUGAAUGAAUGAAUGGCGGAGCCGAGCGCGCCAUGAGGAGCCUGCCAAGCCUGGGCGGCCUCGCCCUGUUGUGCUGCGCGGCCGCGGCAGCCGCUUCAACAGCCCCGGCGGGGAAUGUCACUGGUGGCGGCGGGGCCGAGGGGCAGGUGGUCGCGUCGCCCAACCCCGGGCUGCGGGACCAAGCCAGCCACCCCUUCCCUAAGGCCGAGGCUCCCACGGCGCAGGCCCCGCGGACCGGCCCCCCGCGCACCACGAUCCUCAGAACUGGGGCUGCGACCCCGUCGACCGGCUACCUGGAGACCACUCCGUUCCGCACCACCGCAGGACCGGCUGCCACCCCCUUCCCGGUCCUCAGCCCCUCACCCGCCACCCCUUCGGAGGAAGGACGCACUCACGCCACCGAAUCACCGCCCUCCAGACCCGCGCCCACCACCCUUGCGAGCACAGCUGGCCAGGCGCCGACCACCUCUGUAGUCACCACCGCUCAGGCUCCCAGCACUCCCGGGACCACGGCCGCCGAGUCUCAGGACAGUAGCAGCAGCAGCAACAGCGUCCCGCCCACCGCACCUGCCACCGAAGCCCCUGCUCCGCCUACCCCAGAGUAUAUGUGUAACUGUUCUGAGGUUGGAAGCUUGGAUGUGAAACGCUGCAACCAGACCACAGGGCAAUGUGAUUGUCAUCUGGGUUAUCAGGGACUUCAUUGUGAAACCUGUAAAGAGGGCUUUUACCUGAAUCACACUGUUGGUCUCUGUCUGCCAUGUCACUGCAGUCCACAUGGAGCCCUUAGCAGUCUCUGUAACAGUUCUGGGAAUUGCCAAUGCAGAGUAGGUGUCACCGGCUCCAUGUGUGACCAAUGCCAAGAUGGACAUUAUGGCUUUAGUAAGACAGGAUGCUUGCCCUGUCAGUGCAACAACCGGUCUGUUAGUUGUGAUGUUCUUACAGGUGCUUGUUUAAACUGCCAGGAAAAUAGCAAAGGGGAUCACUGUGAAGAAUGCAAAGAAGGAUUUUAUCAGAGUCCCGAUGCUACUAAAGAAUGUCGUCGCUGCCCUUGUUCAGCAGUGACUUCUACAGGCAAUUGCACCAUAGAAUCUGGUGAAUUGGAGCCUACAUGUGUCCAGUGUAAAGAUGGUUACACAGGCCAGAACUGCAAUCAAUGUGACAAUGGCUAUUACAAUUCUGACAGCAUCUGCACACCAUGUGAAUGCCAUGGCCAUGUGGACCCAACUAAUACUCCAAAGAUUUGCAAGCCUGAGAGUGGUGAGUGCAUCAACUGCCUUCAUAACACCACUGGGUUCUGGUGCGAGAACUGCCUAGAAGGCUAUGUUCGAGACCUUCAGAGAAACUGCAUCAAGCAAGAAGUUAUUGUUCCAACUCCUGAAGGUUCUACCAUUUUGGUUUCCAAUGCUUCUUUGAGCACAUCAGUGCCCACCCCUGUUUUAAAUAGUACAUUUGCCCUCACAACCCUACAGACUAUCUUUUCAGUAAGCUCUUCUGAGAACAGCACCUCAGCUCUCGCUGAUGUAUCAUGGACCCAGUUUAACAUCAUCAUUUUGACAGUCAUCAUCAUUGUGGUAGUGCUGCUAAUGGGAUUUGUAGGAGCUGUGUACAUGUACCGAGAGUACCAAAACCGGAAACUCAAUGCUCCCUUUUGGACCAUCGAGCUGAAAGAAGACAAUAUCAGUUUCAGCAGCUACCAUGACAGCAUCCCUAAUGCAGAUGUGUCAGGAUUGUUGGAGGAUGAUGGCAAUGAAGUGGCUCCCAAUGGGCAACUGACCCUGACAACACCCAUUCAUAACUACAAAGCCUGAGGAGCUGAGCAGUUUUCCUGGAUUGUCAGGACACAUGCUCACUAAAACAGCAUCUGCCCUCUGGCCACACAGAAUCUGGGUAGAGUUUGCUGAGAAUGGUGUCGUGUGAAUAAACUGUUCAGGUACAAACUGUAGUGCGCUUAGCCUGUGUGUUACUCUUAAUUUCCCAUGAAGAUCUGAAGCACUCAUCAUCUUGAGGACUUGAAGUAAAGUAUAUUUUUGUAGCAAACCACAUGUGUGCAUGGAAAGGCUGAAUCCCACAGAGCGGCCUGAGUCUACCUGGCCUCUCAAUAGACUGCUGGGAAAGUGUUCACCUCAUCAGCCAUGACAGAAUGAUGAUUUGGAGGAAAAAGGCUGGUGGAAGACUUCAUCUCCAUUUUGGAAACAUUUUUUAAAGGCGAGGCAGGGAUUAAGCUUAUUUUAUUGUACUAAGACAUAUAACUGAGGAAAAGCUGGUAUCUAGGCUAUACCACAGUUAAAAAAAAAAUCUUGAUUGUGUGUAAAAAAGACUAAGGGUAAAGAAGUCCCAAGAGAAUCUGUAGAAGAGCUUUCCUCCCAAAAGUCUCCUUCAAGGAUGGGAUUAAAGCACAGGAUAAGCUUCUGUGGUGAGGGCAGGCACAGCACCCAGAGAGCAGAAAGUUGAUGGACCUCCUCAGGGGAGGUUUCUGCCUUUAAAGAAACAAGGUGUACAUAAUUAAUGUAGCAUAUCUGCUCAACAUUGUACUUGUAUCUAUUUGUAAAAAAUCAUGUCCUAUUUUAUCAUCUAGACUCUAUCUGUACAGCUGUUAAUGGUGUUGUAAAAAGAAGAUAUAGAAAAUUGGUUAAAAUUCUGUAAAAUAGGUAGCAAUUUUGCUAAAGCUGGGACUCUGGUGAGUAUCAGUCAUUUUAGUCCCUGUUUGGACACUGUUGAAAUUUAUAAAAGAUCAAAUGUUUUUAAUCUUUCCUCUCUCAACCUAGAGUCGUAUGUCUUUGACUUACUAUAGAUUCAAGCAAUAGAUUUUGAAGGCUGCAAUUGUUAAGCUAGAACACAGGCUACAUUCUCCGGACUCACCAAAUUAGCCACACUGUGUUUUACAAUGUUUGUUGUAAACAUCCUCAGGAAAAGACUUCUUUCCUGAAUGUAAAAGACAGUCUUCCAAAGGAUAGAAAUGUUAAAUUCAAAAAGAAAAGCCAUCACAUCACUUGGGGUCCCUCGUUUUGUUUGUUUGUUUUGUUUGUUUUGUUUUGUUUUUUAUGCCCAUGAAGUAUUUAUGUGCCUCCCAUAACCUCCAAAGUACAGGCCUCUGACAUUUGGGCAUAAUCUAUCACCCACACAUCAUAAAGUAUGUUUGGCUUCUCAGUGUUAGAGUUCAUUAUUCUUCAUGUCUGGGCAUAGGGUCUCUCUGAUUGGGUGUGUAUUUAGUUCUUGCUUUCGAUACCAUUUUUCCCUGAGGCCAAGUACUACUGCUUUUAUGUGUUAUAUAUAUAUCCACAGGUUGUACAUUAGGAGAGACAAGAAAGUUGGUCCAGACUAUGAAGUAGUUAGGAAAAAUGAAAACAGAGACGACAUAGGAAAUUCAGACUCCUUUGCUUAAUUUCCUCAGACAGAAAAACAUAAAUUUUGGUCAUUCUCAGUAGGAGACCCCCACCUUUUUCUCAGGGUUUGGAGAUGACUGUAGACUAGAGGAUCCGUAGGUAACCUGAAGGUGCUCUGCAUAUUUGGCUGUCUUUAUGAAAGUAGACAUUAUAUUUCAUUGUACUGAAACUAUUUACAUGUAGCUGAUUGAUUGCAUUUGAGUCUAUGGGUUUAAUCCCAAGAAUUACAGAAUAUAUUAAUAUUUUUAUUGCUCUGUCAUAUACAAAACACUUUUCCAUGUGUGUUCUUUGAGCCUCACCAUAUCCUCCUUGGGAAGUAGUCUUGUACCCAUUUUAUAGAUGAAGAAACUGAGAUACAGAGAGGUUAAAUUAUUCAGGAUUAUAUAAUGUGUAUCAUUAUUAUUCUUGGAAUCAUUCUUACAUCUACUGAGUAGACAUUUGGCUCGGUGAUAACAUAUAAAUCUACUAGCCAUGAGCCCUAGAAAACUGGAAUGAGGAUUCCCAUUUGUGGAUGCUUCUAAUAGACCCUCUGUAUGCUCUUCAGUGUGCUUACUCCCCUGUGUGUGAGGGGGAGGGUUGUCUCGCAGAUACAAUUUUAGGGCCACAUAGUUACAAAGGACUUUGUGGAAAGAACACAGGAUAAUUUCAAUCUAAAGUCAGGAUUCAUGAUGAGAAAGCAAAAGCUGCCAAUUAUUGUUUAUUAAAAUGGUGAAUUCCUGUAAUGGGGAGGGGAGUGGUGAGACUUUUCCUAGAAGUUGUAGCACAACUGUGUGUUGACUGUACAUCACACAAUUCCAAAGCAUUGUGCACAGUGAUUGCCUCCCCAAUACUCCAUCUUCUGCCAAGAAUAAAGGUAAGGAGAUAAAAGCAAACAGUUUUUAAACAGAUACUUAAUAAAUAAAUAAGGAGUGUUUGUAUGAGUUUAAGAGCUAAAGUCAAAUAGUUAAGAUUCCAGUUUAAUAGCGAUUCCCUGAAACAAAUCUUAAGAGCUAACACAGAAACUAAAUCACAAAUGUUUAUCCAAGUACCUGUUAAUGGCUCCGAAGUCAUGUUCUUGAUUUUUCACAAUGAAGAAAAGUAUAGCCUUAAAUGUGUUUUAAACAACAUUUUUAGGGACCCCAGUGCUCUGCUUGUAGAAAUAAUUCUACUCUAAAGGUAACCAUGAGGGGAUCUCUCCUUGAAAGUAGAGUAGAAAACCAGUGUAAAACAAAACACAGUGCAGGGUUUUCAUUCCUUUGGAGGCAUCACCAACCAGCACCAGGAGUUCUCUGGAAAGCCUAGUGUUGGAACAAUUUUUGUCUAAGGAUUGAAAAAAAAUGUUCUUUUUAAUAUAUAAUACCUACAUGAACCUUACUGAGACAUGAUCAUCACUGGUAUGAAUGAACUGAUGCUUGCAUCUUCAUUAGCUCAUCUUAGUAAGCCUUGUGCAUUUCUUUCUUUUUUCCUUUUUUUUUUUUUCUUUUUGGAAGAGACAUUGUCUUUGCAUACUUUUAUUUCACAAGUAUAUUACUAAAACAAUUUUGGGACAUUCCUAAGUACUCACACGAAGGUGUGUUCAUAUCCAUUAUAUAAUCAGCCAUAGGUCAUGCUUUAUCUAUAAAGAAUGACACCUGUGCAUUUCUGCUAGGUAGAUGUGGUAGUGUCAAGCAUGUCUUUGACCUCCUUUAUCACCACCAUCCUCCACAUUGCUUCCCAGGGCUCUCAUUUACAGUUUUUCCAACUACAGAGAAAGCAAAAUGAUAAUGAAAUCUCUUAUUUAUAUGAAGGUCUUAUGGACUCAGUGCAUCAUUUUUCCCAGGGAUAGUUGGAUUUUAAGAGAGGGCAACAGGACAGACAUGGGCUGGGAAGAUACAUUUCUUUUAACAACACUAUCUAAAUCCCAAAAGGUAACACUUUUCUUUACUCCCAAUAUUCCCAGAAUCAUUAAUCAUCAAAGCAAUACUCACAGACAUACUAGUUAAUUUGAGUUAUCUGAUCAUCAAGAUAUUGUGUUUUAGAACAGAGUCAGUUGGAGCUUGAUUAUGUAUCAUUUACCCUGGUCCAUUUUGUUUUGUUUUUCCAUGCUUGUAAAUGUAAGAUUAAUUCUAAUGACUGUCUCUAGAUUCUUAUAUUUUGAAGUAGUAUGUGGAUAGGAGUUGGGUUUCUUCAUUUCAUAAGGAAAUCUCUCUGACAAAAUAUUCAGAAUAAGUUAAAAGAAUUCAGUGGAAUUGUUAGGUCAACAGAAAUCUUAGUGACCACACACACACAUGACAAAACAAAACAAAACAAAAAUUAAAAAAAAUUUAGCUUGUUGCUUUUGACAGCAAAUGGUUUAGGGGCUGAAAUGAGUUUGGUGUCCAUGUGCAGAGCUGGGGGAGGUGAUGGGAGGUUAAUUUGUCUUUUUCUUUCACCCUGAGCCAGUGGCUAUGCCAUGGGGAGAAGCAGGAAGGAGACAGUGAUCAAUCUGAAGAAGUCAAAUAAUAGCACAUGGCUAAAGGUAUGGAUCAUUAAAAUGGCAGUGGUUUGAAUGAUACUUUUCCAAAGGUAUCAAGGAUCUUCCUUGUUGCUUAUGCAUACGCAGAAACUUUAGCUGCCCUGGAGUCAGUGAGCCCAGAGCUUCAGAUUCAUGCUAACCCAAAGCUACAUGACUUCUAGUCGACUUUUAAUGCUAGGCACAAGCUCUCUGUACUCUUAAAUUUCGGCCCAGUCAAUUAGGGAAUGUUUCACAAAAUUAAGCUUGUAUUUAUGUCACUAAAUCCUAACCCAAAAUCUAAAAACAUGUCUCCUAUGUGUGCUGUACUAGGCUUCAUGAUGCAUUUCUAAAGUUGUGUAUGAUUUGAAUAUAUGAAAGAAUUUAUACAAGAGUGUUAUUUAAAAUUAUUAAUAAAUGUAUAUAAUUUGUA